UGCUCCUGUAAAUAUUAUUUACUUGGUGAUCGGCACAUAUUCCCAUGCUCAAUCCGGCAUAAUCCCUUGUAAAGUUAUUAUAAGUUGUGUAAAUUAAAUUUUUCAACAUGUUUCAGUGCUAUGGACGUUUAUUAACACCCAGAAUAUUUCGGUUUUGCGAUCGUUAUGUGCACCACGAAGUUCAAGUGGAGCACACAUCGGAUUUAGGAGAUCAAUUGCAACACAAAUUCAAACUGCAACAACCGAACUACGAUGUCAACUAUCUCCUGAAUCCAGAAAACCAAUCUGUAAUUCAAGACAAUAUAGAGCAACGAAAAGGAGUGGGAAACAUCCAACUGAUCCAUGAUUUACACAAUCAAAUUAAAUCACUUUCGGUUCAACAUGAAACAGAACGAAGUGUAUUAAAAGAUCAGUUGCAAGCAGAACUCAGAAGGAUUCCUAACAAGACCCAUCCGAAUGUGUUGGGGUACGGGACAGAACCCAAAGUUAUACGACAUUACAACAACAAACCAGACUUCUGCGGACGCAAAGUUUUUGACUUCUCAGAAAUGGCCAAAAAGCUGAAUAUAUUUCGAAUGGAGAAAUUAGGUAAUUUCACCGGACACAAAUCGUACUACUUGACCAGCGAGUUAGCAGAGCUGGAGCAAGCUCUUAUCCAGUAUGCCAUAACUAAGUUGAUAGACAGAAAGUUUAAACUUAUAACGGUGCCGGAUAUUUUGCCAGCCAGUGUUAUCGAGAGUUGCGGCAUGAACACGCACGGUGAACGAAAUCAAGUUUACAAGUUAAACUUACCGUAUGAAACAUUGUGUCUUUCUGGAACAUCGGAAAUGGCUUUGGCAGGAUAUUUCGCCGGCACGGUAACGGAUGAGAGGCAGCUACCAUUGAAGCUGACAGCCAUUAGCCGAUGUUUCCGAGCGGAAACAUCAGGUCUUCACGACGAGAAAGGCAUAUUUCGAGUUCACCAGUUUACCAAGGUGGAAAUGUUUUCCAUUUGUCGACCAGACCAGUCGGAGGCCAUCCUAGAAGAAUUCAAAGACAUCGAGGUGGAUCUGUUCGACGCUCUGGGUUUGCAUUUUCGACUCCUUGACAUGCCGGCAUGCGAGUUGGGCGCUCCGGCGUUUCGAAAGUACGACAUCGAGGCAUGGAUGCCGGGACGAAAUAUUUAUGGGGAGAUCUCUAGCUGCAGUGAUUGUACGGACUAUCAAGCCAGAAGACUAGGUACCGUUACGCCAAAGCCACAGCUGCCGAAACUAGCAACAGGAAAGCCAAUUGACGAACAGGAUGUAGCACUGCAGCGAGAAUCCCCGCCACCACCGAUCCGCAUCACAUUAGCUUCCAUCGAUGAAUAUCAUCAUCUUCUGCAAAAUGGGCUCGAUUUCUACGGUGCCACUUUUUUCCCAACGGAGCCAACCCUUCCAGCACAUGCCGCCAAGAUCGCCACCAAGAAAGGAAGCCGCAUGAUCGACGGCAGCAUACCAGGGCGUGUUCGCGAAUUACUCCCAGUGUUCGACGCUGCUGGUUUUAGCAAGAUUCCGCCGCCGGCUUCCAAGACGAUCAAACCGCGCCCCUAGUAGAAACACCCGAAUUGGACGGGCUCGAACAAUGAAAAGGCGGAUUCCCUCUACUCUAGCACCAAAGAAGUUCUCGACGCAAUUUUAUUUUCCGUCGCUGCUAAAUCGAUCAACCCAAAACCACACUUCAUUUCACAUUAGGAAACUACUCAAUUGUUAACAAAGUCAUGAUUGACUUGUACUAGACGAACGAUUGAUAUGAUAAUGAUGGAUGGAUAUAGAAUAUGAAUAUUUAUAAUAUCGAUGUAUUUCUACGUAUCGGCUUCUACGUUGCUCGCAAUUCUCAAAUAUAUUUAUUAAGUGAAAUCACAGGCUGCAUAUAUGUAUGGUGUGUUAGUUUUUUAUUCAUUAAUAAUAUAUGUAUUACUUUAGGCAAUCAACAGUUCCUCUUCUUACGCAUGAAUGUAUUUCUUACUUGCAUUUGGCUUAUCAUAUAAUCAUGAAUUUGAUGCGAAUUUCGUUUAGGUACCUAGUUAAAUACUAAUGUAAAAUGUAAGGCGUGAAAGAAAUCACCACAUGAUUUGAAACGCUGAGCCGUUAUUGUCCCUAUUGUAAGUAAAAUACGAUCACCCUUAUGUUUGCUAACGUUCGAUUUUUUAUAUUUUGGAACGGGAAUUCUCAAUAACGUUUCACUCGUCCAUAAACAAGAAUAGUAGUGUACUUAUAUGUAAUCCAUGUUGAUAAUAAUUUGAUAGAAAAUGCUGACGCUGAUGACGAUCCUUACUACUGAUGAUGAUGAUGAAUGUAUAAAAUAAAUGUUCCAAAUAACAUCUA